CCAUCCCUCCCACUCUCCCUCCUGAUUCUCUCUCUCCCACGCGCACAGGUGAGAUGAUCACACAGGCACACGCUCUCACCCAGACACGCUGCACUCGCUCGUACAAAUUCUAAUACACACACACACUUUCUUAUACACACAAUCUCCAGCAUACAAACUGUUAUAAACACACGUGUACAUACGCACAAACAGCUUCUUAUAUAUACACACACACACGUAUACAUGCAUAGGUACUCGGGAUCACACAGACAUACAUGCUUACAUAGUAACUAUACCUUUAACACAACGCUCAGUAACGCACACGCUCAUUCAUACACGCAGGCAAACUCUACAAAGACAAAUAUCCCCCGUAUAGCCUUAACAGGUUGUCGGGGCAAGUGCUGUUAGCGAGCACCUAUUAUACACAAAGACAAAGAUCACCCGUAUAGCCUUACACAGACUGUUGAGACAUGUGCUGUUAGCGAGCACCUAUUACACACACACACAAACCCGCACUCUCUCUCUCUACUCAUGGAUUCCCAACUGGACCGGGACCCGCCGUCUCGUUGCCGACGAAUCUGCGGCUUCUUUGUGCUUCUGGACAUCGCGUGCCUCCUCAUAGCCGCCCUGCCGUUCUUCGCGCUGGAGCUCAACAUCGUGAGCCCCAUUCACCGGGGCUUCUACUGCGGGGACCAAACCAUCUCCUACCCCGUCACGAGCGACACGAUCUCGGACGGGGCGCUCAGCGCCGGGGGGGUUCUCAUCACCGUCGUCAGCGUGGUGCUGGUGGAGUGCAUCAGGGGCCGCUCCCAGCUGCGCCGGGAUCCUCUGCGCGGAGGGAACCUGGUCCCGAACCUGUACCGCCUGGUGGGCUCCUUCCUGCUGGGAGCCGCGGCGAGCCUCUCCCUCACCGCACUCGCCAAGACGUGGACCGGGCGUCUGCGCCCUCACUUCCUGUCCGUGUGCCGCCCGGACCCGGCGCGCACCGACUGCUCCCAGGGCUUCAUCACGGAAGACGUGUGCACGGGGAACCCCAAGCUCGUGAUGGAGGCGCGGAAGUCGUUCUUCUCUGGCCAUGCAUCCUUCGCUAUGUACAGCAUGGUCUUCCUCGUUCUGUACGUGGAGGCGCGUCUGCGCUGGCAAGGGGCGCGUUCGCUGCGCCCGCUGCUGCAGGCCGUGGCGCUGCUGCUCGCCAUGUUCGUGGGCCUCUCGCGCGUCUCCGACUACAAGCACCACGUGGGCGACGUCGCCGCCGGGUUCCUGCAGGGGGGCCUGGUGGCCGUGUUCGUGGUGUUCCACAUCUCGGGCCUCUUCCCCCGGGAGGUGCGGUUGGAGUGGAGUCGCGUCCCCAGCCCAGUGUCGAACCCGUCGCCUCCGUCCGCGGGGACCCCCAGCAUCGGUGGCAGCGGCGGCGGCGGCAGCGGCGGCGACGACCACCUCAACGGCAACGGGAAGCUGGCGGGCGAUCUGGCGCUCACGGGGCGACUCAUAAUGGCCUAAAGGGCCACAGGCUCGAGAGAAGUUCAUCGUUUCCCAUCGCGGGGAGACUCCACGGGGGCCAACGCGCGGCUCACCUGGUCCGCUGAGUCCCCCUGACGCUCGCAAAAUCGAUCGAGCAUGGAGGCAACCGCAUCCCCCGAUGCAUCGUCCCAUUGCUGGCGCCAUUUGAAAUUGCCGAUUGCUGUUGGGCAGCGUCGGUGUGGUUUAUCUAAUCAUAUCCCUGCGUUUGUUUGGACGAUGGGCCCUCGGCUCACAUGCAGACUGGGAGGGAAGCUUUGCAUCUUAACGAAGCUCAUGCCCUCCUGGUUGAUGCGUCGCCUUCGAUUUAAUUAAAAUGUCGAUAUAGCGACGAUGGCUGAGUUUGCGGCCGAACACACGGGAGAUAACAAUCUUGUCUCUGGAUAAGAGAGACCUCUGGCGGUGUCACGCUGGGGCUUGAGUCGUCGGGCACGCGAUGUCGGCUUCCAACGAGCGGGAGGGGGGGGGUGGUGAACGUGGAUCAAUGGCGGGGAGGAAGAGCGACGAGGAAAGUGUGGGA